AUGGCGUGCUCGUUCAUGCGGUCGUAUGGUGGAGAUCCACACAAGUUGCCCGCAAGCAGGCUCACUCAUUCGUCUCAACAACGUCGUCAACGCGCAGUGCUCCGACGUGCACAUCGUCUUCGCUCGUGGCAGUGGUGA